AUGGAUUUCAUCAAGACCAGUUCCCUGCGUGCUCUGAUUGAGUUAACUUUCCAACGCAACUGGAAUGGCCUCAUUUGGAUGAGUAGAAAAGGAGUUACAACCAAAAGAGUGAAGACUGGUCCAGACGGCUCUAUCGAGAAUCAGCGCCCAAACCGCGCAGACCGGCUGGCCGAGGAACGAAUGUUCACGCUCGGCCAAAUCACAUCCGUCCGUCUGAAGUCUCGGCCAAAGUUCAAAACGUUCGGCCGAUCACGCAUCACGACCCGGGAAGCAUGUCCCGCGGUCGGCCACGCCACAACCGCUCACGCCAUGCCGCGCACGACCAGCCGCGCGAGCCGGGAAACAAAGCCUCGCGGCCGCGCAACCUUCUCGCGUACCACGGCCGAUGGCGCCGUCCGAGCCGGGAACUACGUCCCGCGUCCGGCCAAGAAAUCAUCGGCCAAACUUCACCCGUCCGACCACGACCGUUCCGAUUCGUACUAG